GAGGCGAGGCUGCCAGCGGGGAGCCGGGGAGCUGUCGGCCGUGCUCGCUUCUCCGCGCUGCUGGACUCGUGCCCGGCCGGCCGCCCCCCCCCACCCCUCCGCUGCAGCCAUGCCCAUGAAGGGCCGCUUCCCGAUCCGCCGCACCCUGCAGUACCUCAGUCAGGGGGACGUGGUGUUCAAGGACUCGGUGAAGGUUAUGACGGUGAACUACAACACGCACGGGGAGCUGGGCGAAGGCGCCAGGAAAUUCGUGUUUUUCAACGUGCCUCAGAUCCAGCACAAGAACCCCUGGGUGCAGGUCGUGCUGUUUAAGAACAUGACGCCGACCCCUUUCCUGCGGUUCUAUCUGGAUUCCGGGGAGCAAGUGCUCGUGGACGUGGAGACCAAGAGCAACAAGGAGAUCAUGGAGCACGUCAAGAAGAUCCUGGGGAGGAACGAGGAGACCCUCCGGAGGGAGCAGCAGGAGCGCGAGCAGCUCUCCCACCCGGCGCACUUCGGACCCCGGAAGUACUGCCUGCGGGAGUGCAUCUGCGAGGUGGAGGGCCAGGUGCCCUGCCCGGCCGUGGUGCCGCUGCCCCGGGAGCUGACCGGCAAGUUCCAGGCCGCCCUGAGAGCCGGCGCCCAGGACUGAGGCCCCGAGAGCCCCGCUUCUGUGCCCCGAGAGACUGACCACCGCUUUGCAAUAAAGGGUCCCGUUUACACA